AUGUAUGCUUCGAUUGAACGUUAUUCACUGGUAUUCCAUAAAGGACGUUUUAUAAAACGAAAAAUUUUAUGUCAUUAUAUACCUUUGACAAUUGCUUGUCUUUACAUUCCUACUUUAUACGUCUAUUUUAUUGUGCGCUUUCCAUGCACCGAAUAUCAUCAGUAUAAUCUAACUCAAUUUGCAUGUGGUGGUGCUUGUUAUGCAUAUGCUUUUAUUGAAACAACAUACGAUACCAUUGCUAAUACAAUGAUACCCAGUUUUCUUCUAUUAAUUUUUAAUCUACUGAUGAUCAUGCGUGUGAUUUUACUGAAAAGAAAAAUUUCUGCCACAUCUUCAUUGCCAUCGAAUACAUGGAAAAAAAAUCGCCGUAUGAUUUUACAGUUAUUAACAAUUAGUUUAACAUGUUUAAUAGCAUGGAUGCCGUGGGUGGUAAUCAUAUUUGUACAAGAUUUUUAUAAUUCAUCGUUUGGUCAGAAUUUUAUAAUCGUCGUUCUUUAUUAUUUACCAUAUUUUACAAGUUUUCUUUCACCAUUUCUUGCACUGAUCGGUUUAAAGGAAAUACGACAAAAAUUAAAAGUAAAACGAUCGACUGCUACGCCGAACUCGACUUCUACAACAGCAGAAACAGCCAAAAAUCAGAAGAUUUUGGCAUUAAAUCAAUUACCCCGUUUUUAA